AUGGCUACGGCUAGUAGCCGCAUGAAUGCCAUCAUGGUUUCACCUGCGCGCGCCGAUCCGCCCUUCCCCGUGGAGAGCCUCCCCGACGACGUUCUCGCGCUCGUCCUCCGCUCGCUCGCGCGAACCUCCUUCCGCCACGCGCUCGUUUCUAAGCGCUGGUACCGCCUCGCCACGUCUGCGCUCUCCCACUUGACCAUUCGGCAUCAGAAUCUAUCGAUGCAAGAAAUACGAGAUUCUGAGCACUUCCGCAACGCGCAGCUUGCAUGGCUCCCGCUCCCGCGCCUUCUUUUCGCGCUGCGACACUUCCCCACCCUCACGCACGUGUCGCUGGGCGAGUUCUCGAUCGUAUCCGCCGACGGCGACGCGCUCAUCCGAUGCCUGGCCGCCACGUGUCCGUUCCUGAGCCAUCUAACGGUGGAGCAUCAGUUUCGCAUGGCGGUUACUGUAGACGGCCUCGCCUCGCUCUUCCACGGGUGUCGCAAGCUCAGGGAACUCCGCCUGCUCACCACCGACGGCCUCCCGCAUCUCCCGCCGUCCCUCUCGCUCCUCACAGAUCUCCAAACCCUCCAUGUGUGCGCUCAUCCUCUAUAUGGCGAUGACUCGCUACAGGAGCUCGUUUCGCCGCCCGAGAGCAUCGGCGCGCUGCAGCAGCUGCGGGAGCUGCGGGUCAGCGCGGGAUCGAGUUUCCAGGGUCUGGGGGAGUGCGUGGGUCGCCUCACUGACCUUCGGAAGCUGAGCAUCGGUACUACUCAUCUCUCAAGAACCGUCACGAAGCUUCCCGACGCGAUAGGCGAUUUGGAUCGGCUGGAAAGCCUGGAAGUCGAGCUGGACGGGCUCGAGUGCAUUCCGGAAUCCCUCCAACUGCUGACCGGGCUGAAAUCCCUCUCUCUCCAAUCCAAGCGUCUGCAGCGCCUGCCCGGAAAUGUUAUGGCGGGGCUGACGCAGCUGCAGUCUCUUUCCCUCCACGCCUGCGAUUCCCUCGGGAUUCUCCCAGAGAGCAUUUGCUUCCUCCCUCUCUCCUCCCUCUCCAUCUCCUCCUGCUCCUCGCUCAUCUCACUCCCUCACCACAUCGGCGCAUUAUCUCAUCUGGAAACCUUAAAGCUCCUCUCCCUUGAUAAUAUCCGGGUUCUGCCCGAAAGCCUGGGUGAUUUACCCCACAGGCAGCUGCCGCAACUGCGGUGGCUGGUGCUGGAGAGGAUGGGUGCUGAGGCUGACCCAUGGCUGUUUGACCGCAUUCCUGGUGUGCGGUCGGGGAGAAUGCGGCUAUUUCUGCAUGUGAAAGCUCUAUUUGUGCUUCUGCACGUGGUGGAUUUAUUGCUGCAGCUGGUUGUGUUGCUGAUGAGGGCGGGUUGUUCAGUGCUGCAGGGCGCGUUCGCUUGCCGCUUCAACGCCAUGGUUUCACCAGCGCGCGCCGAUCCGCCCUUCCCCGUGGAUCGCCUCCCCGACGACGUUCUCGCGCUCGUCCUCCGCUCGCUCGCGCAGACCUCCUUCCGCCACGCGCUCGUUUCCAAGCGCUGGUACCGCCUCGCCACGUCCGCGCUCUCCCACCUGACCAUUCGCCAUCGGGAUUUAUCGAUGCGAGAAAUACGAGAUUCUGAGCACUUCCGCAACGCGCAGCUUGCAUGGCUCCCGCUCCCGCGCCUUCUUUCCGUUUUGCGCCGCUUCCCCACCCUCACGCACGUGUCGCUGAGCGAGUUCUCGAUCGUAUCCGCCGAUGGCGACGCGCUCUUCCAAUGUCUCGCCGCCACGUGUCCGCUCCUGAGCCAUCUAACGGUGGAGCAUCAGUUUCGCAUGGUGGUCACUGUAGACGGCCUCGCGUCGCUCUUCCAUGGAUGCCGCAAGCUUAGAGAAUUCCGCCUGCUCACCACCUUCUGCCUUCCGCAUCUCCCGCCGUCCCUUUCGCUCCUCACGGAUCUCCAAACCCUCCACGUGUGCGCUCAUCCUCUCUAUGGCGAUGACUCGUUACAGGAGCUCGUUUCGCCGCCCGAGAGCAUCGGCGCGCUGCAGCAGCUGCGGGAGUUGCGGAUCAGCGCGGGAACGAGUUUCCAGGGACUUGGGGAGUGCGUGGACCUCAUUACUAACCUCCGCAAGCUGAGUAUCGGUACUCUCUUCGCAAGAGCCAUCACGAGGCUUCCCGACGCGAUAGGCGACUUGGCUCGGCUGGAAAGCCUAGAGAUCGAACUUGACGGGCUCGAGUGCAUUCCGGAAUCCUUCCAUCUGCUGACCGGGCUGAAAACCCUUUUCCUUCAAUCAGAGAAUCUGCAAUGCCUGCCCGUAAAUGUUAUGGCGGGGCUGACUCAGCUGCGGUCCCUUUCCCUCCACGCCUGCAAUUCGCUCAAGAUUCUCCCGGAGAGCAUCUGCUUCCUCCCUCUCUCCUCCCUCAGCAUCUCCUCCUGCCCCUCCCUCACCUCACUCCCACACCACAUCGGCGCCUUGUCCCACCUGCAAACCCUAAAGCUCCUCCACCUUGAUAAUAUCCGGGAUCUGCCCGAAAGUCUGGGUAAGUUACCCCGGUUACAAUCGGUCGGGUUGGACCUGCCCGCACUGGCGCAUCUGCCCGAGGGAUUAUGUGAAAGCAGCCUGCCUGCGUGCCUGGAAAAGCUGAGACUGACCAACUGCGAGCAGCUAAGGGAGCUUCCCCAUUCACUCGCCGAACAACACCCGGGCUUAGUGUCGCUCGCCGUGCUAAAAGUUUCAAACUGCCCGCUCAUCUCCUCCCUCCCAGAAAACUUCUCCUUCCCUGCCCUGCACACCCUCACCCUGCAUUCCCUGGGCAACCUGAAAAAUCACCUGAACUUUGCACCCAGGCAGCUGCCGAAGCUGCAGUAUCUGGAUCUGGAGCGGGUGGAUGGCGAUGCAGAACCGUGCCUGCCUGACUGCUGUGCUCCCUGCAGUGGAGUUGCUGCUGCGGCUUGUUGUGUGCUUAUUCCAGCCGGCUUAUACGAGAGUGUGUCGAUUGUACAGGUUGGCAUGCAGAUGGGGGAGGAGAGGGUUUUGGAAGUUGCAGCAGCGUGGAAGGUGCAGAGCGGUUCUUUCAGUAAAUAG